AUGACGCGAAUCCUACUUGUUCAUGGCGCACUAGCCGACGGCUCCUCGUGGUCCCGAGUCAUUCCACAUCUCCAGGAUAAAGGAUUCGGAGUCACCGCUGUUCAGCAGCCGCUCACAAGCAUCAAUGAUGAUGUCAAGGUAGUGAGGGCUGCUCUGAAGGGAUUGAAUGAUGCCAGCUCGGAGCCAAUUGUCGUCGUUGGCCAUUCUUUUGGAGGACUGGUAAUUACCAACGCCGCCACCGAUAUCCCAAACAUCAAAGCGUUGGUCUAUGUGCAGGCCUUCGCUCCCGAUGAGGGCGAAGUUGUCGGGCAGUUGGCAAGCAACUACCCAGGCCUUGAGUCGGCCAAGCGCUUUGUGCCAGAGGGAUCUGGUCGGCUCAUACUCCCCGAGGCUGAUUUCCUUGCCUAUUUCGCCCCGGACGUGACCCCACGGGAGGCUCGAGUGCUGGCCGCCACUCAAGGGCCCUGUGACGCUGCUCGAUUCAAUUUUGUUUCCGGAAAACCGUCGUGGAAGCAAAUCAAAAGUCUUUACUAUAUAGUGGGCGAGAACGAUCAAAUCAUCCACCCCGGCUUGGAGGCGUGGUUUGCCGAGCGUAUGAGAGCAAAGACAUACACGCUGAAGAGUGCUAGCCAUGCAGGGUUGAUUAGCCAGGGUGAGAAGGUGGCUGAAAUCAUCCUAGAGGCAGCUGAAGCGGCACCCUAG